AUGCAGACAAAGACCUGGUUCUUAGUAGCACACGGUUUUAAGAGCUACGUGGACCUGGGUAUGAGUAGAAAAGCACAGGAUGGGCGAACAGUCACUAGCGUCAGACUGUCAGAUGGGAAGCGGAGUAAAGGGGCAUACAUGGGCAAAGGAAUAAUAGAAGGAAGGAAAAUAUGGGGUGGACAUCUGGAGAUUUGUGGAAUGAUGGUGAAAUACUUCUUUUUAUUUGCUGCUGCUGUGGCUGCUACUGUCUUUGUUCCUGUUCUGGCUCUGGGUACCAGACACCACAAACGUCAUAGAGCUCUCUAUAAUAAACUGAUCACGGAAUCACAAACCGAUCCCCAAGAAGAAAUUGUCAAUGCGCACAAUGCUUUCAGGAGGAAAGUGUCUCCACCUGCCAAGAACAUGCUGAAGAUGAGUUGGAGUCCCGCAGCUGCAGCAAAUGCGAGAAUCCUGGCGCGAUACUGUGACACGUCAAUGAGCGACCCACUUGAGAGAAGACUUAACAAUACAUUUUGUGGAGAAAAUAUGCACUUGGGACUUUACCCCUACUCCUGGUCAAAAGUAGUUGAAAUGUGGUACAAUGAAUCCAAAUACUUCACAUAUGGAGAAUGGCCAUCUUCAGACGAUGACUUUGAAACAAGUCAUUACACUCAGAUGGUCUGGGCCUCUUCUUACCUCAUUGGCUGUGAUGUCGCAUCAUGUCGCAGACAAAAGACACCUAUAUAUCUCUAUGUGUGUCACUAUUGUCAUGAGGGAAAUAAUCCCGACUUGCUAAAUAUGCCUUAUAAGGAAGGUUCACCAUGUGGAGACUGUCCAAAUCACUGUGAAGAUGGGCUAUGCACAAACCCCUGCCGUUACUACGAUGAAUACAACAACUGUGAUAAGCAAGUGACACUUAUUGGAUGCUCACAUUCUUCAGUUCUAAAAUUCUGCAAGGCUACGUGUCUGUGUAAAACAGAAAUAAAAUAA